CGUCAGUACAAACGAGUAGUAACAAGGAAGUGGCUAGUAAGCUAGCAACGGAUAAUGAGCAGCUGAGACCCUGGUAUUUUGACAGCUUCAGAAGGGUAGGAUGGGCAGGCAGAGGAAGAGGGUGGUGACUGGUGAAGCUGCUCCCCCUCCAAGGAAAGAUGAGAAGCCUGCUGCAUUUCACCGCAAAGAAAAGAAAAAGAAAGUUGAUAUUGGCAAAGUCUUUAUCAACAUCUCCAUUGGCCUUUGCAUAUUCAGCCUGGUUUGGUUUUUCUAUGCCCUCUACAUGCGGUCCAGCCUUGCCAAACGGGUGGUGACCCUACAUCCGUCACCUCCUGUCCUGGAUGCCAAUAGUAGCAGUGCCAAGGUUUCCCCGGAGAGGUUCUGGGGCUCAUACAGGCCUCAGGUAUAUUUUGGCAUGAAAACCAGGAGUCCCAGGUCAAUUGUGACAGGCAUGAUGUGGAUGCGUCAGUUUUCUGACAUGGAUGUAAACCUGAGGCACACUUGUGAACAAGGGGAUCGUUUGCAAAGCUAUGGCUGGCUGAUGCAUGAUGGGAUCACCUUUGGCGUCCAGGAAAUCCGAGACAACGAUUUCACACUCACCACGGAGUUUGUCAAGAGGAUGGGAGGGGAUCACGGAGGAGAUUGGACGUGGAGGAUCACUGCCAAACAGCAUAGCUCUGCCCCUCAAGCUCCAGUCAUCUCCUUGAUGAUUUACGCAGCAGCAGAUACACAGGGCUCACUGGAGGCUCACGUUGAGGAGAGAAACCGUCUCGCAUCCAUCACUGGUUUCUCAGAAGAACUUGGAAACUUCAAGAUCACCUUCCGAAAGCCAGUGACCGGGGAAUUGUCCAGUGCUAAAUAUGCCAGUUACAACUAUCUUCAGACUGUCUCUCCUGGCUUGGAGAAGCUGACUGACAUUGUGAAGCACAGUCUGAACCGCAGGUUUGUCUACAGCUCUCCCUCUGGCGAGAAGAGGCAUUAUAUAGCUGUAGACACCUACAAGCCCCCCCCCCACCAAAACCAUCAGAAACCCGCUGACACAAGGAAAGACAGCGACUUUGUGGUUCACCAGGUGACCGUCCAGACGCCAUUCCAGAUUGAAGUUCUGUUUGAGUCUGGGAGCUUCCACAACCGUCCCAACCAACUCGUGGGCCCCGUCAUGACUCAGGAGCUGGAGAAGAGGAAAACGGAGUUUGAUGCAAAGUUUGAGAAGAAUUUUGGGCUUGAGAGCAAAGGUUUUAGCCAAGCACAUAUUAAGUUUGGCAAGGCAGCGCUCAGCAACAUGUUGGGUGGAAUGGGUUACUUCUAUGGCCAGUCAGUGGUACAGUCAGUGUAUAAUGAAUACCCGCUCCUGUACCCUGAAGGUGCUUUAUUCACAGCCGUACCGUCACGCUCUUUCUUUCCCAGAGGAUUCCUUUGGGAUGAAGGCUUUCACCAGCUGCUGCUGAGCAAGUGGGAUCCCCAUGUGACAAGGGAGGCGAUUGCCCACUGGGUAGACCUGAUCAAUAUGGAGGGCUGGAUCCCCCGUGAGCAGAUCCUGGGAGACGAGGCUCGCAGUAAAGUCCCAGCUGAGUUUGUAGUUCAGCAUAAUGAGAAUGCCAACCCACCUACCCUUUUCUUAGCUCUUCAGGAACUUAUUGAACAGCUCUCUUCAAAUCCAGAGAAAGUGGCCUAUCAACUGACCUUGCCUUUUCUCCGACGGCUCUUCCCCAGACUGAAAACCUGGUUUGAAUGGUACAACACCACACAGACAGGGCCCCUAGCAAACUCUUACCGCUGGCGCGGACGUGACAAGGACACUAAUCUUUUCCUUAAUCCCAAGACCUUGACUUCUGGGCUAGAUGACUACCCUCGGGCCUCACACCCAUCAGCAGAUGAGCGCCAUGUGGAUUUACACUGCUGGAUGGCCUUGGCCUCAGGCAUUAUGGCAAGUAUAGCCCGGCUUCUAGGUGAGCCCCAUCAGGACUAUGAACUCUCCCACCAAGUGCUCACAGACAACAACCUGCUGAAUGAGCUCCACUGGUCAGAACAACUUCAUGCUUUCAGUGACUUUGGCAACCACACCCAGGCUGUGUCCCUGCAGCAGGAGAAGGUGUACGUGCCCCCCGGACAACCUCGUCACCAGUUCCCUGUGGCUCGCCUUGUGCGCUCAGUCCGCCGGGCCCCCAAGCUGCAGUAUGUUAAUGCUUUGGGUUAUGUUAGCUUGUUCCCUUUCUUACUUCACAUUCUCACACCGGACUCUCCCAAACUAGAACAUAUCUUCCGUGACAUGAGAGACUCCAAUAAGCUGUGGACACCGUACGGCCUGCGUUCACUCUCUAAGGCUGAUCCGCUGUAUAUGAAGCGAAACACAGAACACGAUGCACCCUACUGGAGGGGACCGAUAUGGAUUAACAUCAACUACUUGGCAGUCAGAGCCCUCCACCACUAUAGCAACACAGAAGGACCAUACCAAGAGAAGGCAGCUGCUCUUUAUGAGGAACUCAGGACUAACAUCAUCAAUAAUGUUUAUAGACAGUAUGUUGAAACAGGGUAUAUCUGGGAACAGUACAAUGACAGCACUGGCAGGGGCCAAGGAAGCCACCCCUUCACUGGCUGGUCAUCCCUGACAGUAUUAAUGAUGGCUGAACAGUACUGAUACUGUAGAUUUCAUCUCAUCUUUUCUAAGAUAAUGGCUUUCAUUUAUCUGGAUGUGGUUGAGACAACUACAUGAUCAGGUGUUAAGAUAAAAUAAUAUGUCUUGUCUGGUCGAUGAAACUCUACUAGCCACUGAAAAACUGUAAUUGCAAGAUCCUUCUGAAAAAUAGGUAUUUAUGAUCACAUUUCACCUUUAAUUAAAAUAACAGGUUUCACACAGUUGCUCUCUGAAGGGUACCUUCAAGUGUAAGUGCAGCUAACCUGCUGUAUGGGGAGCCAAGCACUGUCUAGUGCUUCAGUUAUGUGUACUUAAGAUGCAUUUAGGAAACACUUAAUGAACUCAGCCCUCACAACUACAGACACGCACAACUUCAUUGCUUU